GGCUCUCUCUGACUGUGUAUACAUAGAGCAUACUGAUAGACAGAGCAGAGCAGACACACUGAGCCUACAGAUAAAGCAGUACAGAGGGAGCCACUGGCUGCACACAGCUCGGUUUACACAGUCACACAAGAGGAGGAAAGCCAGAGUUAUUUUGUAUAUAGCCAUGGGCAUGCAUGGAUCCAAGUCUCAGAAACAAGCACAGGUCCUGAUGCUGGGCCUGGACGGAUCAGGAAAAACUACCCUGCUCUACAAACUCAAGUACAACGAGAGCGUGGUGACCGUGCCUACCGUGGGCUUCAACGUGGAGACGCUAGAGACAGACAGGAGCAGCCCGGGCCUGACGGUGUGGGACAUCGGGGGCCAGAGGAAGAUGAGGCCCCACUGGAGGCAUCACUACACUGACACCGCCGGACUGGUGUUUGUGGUGGACAGCUGGGACCAGAAGAGGCUGGACGAGGCACGCAAGGAACUUCAUCGGGUCCUGAGGUACGAGAGUCUCAAAGGGGUUCCUCUCGUGGUCCUCGCCAACAAACAGGACCUUCAGGGAGCCCUCAGCCCGGAAGCUCUCUGCCUGAAACUGGAGCUGAGGAGAGUGUGUGAAGGCCGGGCGUGGUUCAUCCAGCCCUGUUCAGCCACCACCGGCAUGGGACUGGAGGAAGGUUUCAGGAGGACGGUCUAUCUGAUGAAGACUCCAUUGAAACAGACUCAGGAGGACAUCAAGGUUAAGAUGAGGUCAAAGGGCUUCAGUUUCACAGCUGUGAAACAGGUUUUGCUCUGCAACAGAUGAGAGGUGAUUUUCAUUCAUUACACGACGUGUAGGAUUGUUUCUCACCUGCCUGUGUAACAGCCUCAUUGUGACGGGAUCAGAUGAGGAGGUGAUGACAAAAGGGAUGAUGUGAUCACAGCUUUAAUCUCUGUGGCAGAGAGAACUUUCACUCAACCCUGGUGAAGACAAAGUGGUGAUAACGCAUUCAGGGGUUGUGAGUAAUCUUGGAUUUUGUGGAUUAUUUUGACGUUGAUGUGAGCUGCUUGAGACAAUUCAGUCUGAUGUAGGUACAUGCUGAAUUUGGAUAACUGACUGAUAAAAGCCUGUUUUUUUUGGUCGGCUUUCUGUGGCUCAGAGAAUUUUCAGACAUGAAUGAACAGUUUUCUUUAUUUCUUUAUAAAAUAUAAAGAUUUCUUGUUAUGUGUCAUUGCCACUGUAUUUAUUUAUUUAUUUGGAAAAACACUGCCAGUGUUGCCUCACAAUAUGUGAGAAUAAAUGAACUGGUUUCCUUCACCGACGCAAAUGUGUCUAAAACAUGUCUGCUCAAUCUGUCAGCUCCUGUUUUGAGGGUUGUGCUGGUCCUGUUUCACUAUUGAUUUGUCUUUUUGUUACAAUGAAAUAAAGUUGUUAAAACAUC